AUGACUGGAAUUUCUUUUUCCGCACCAGUUAUACGUCACGUCAAUUUGGAGCGAUCAGCCGGUUUGGAGCUCAGUCAAGGCCGCCGCCGAAGAGCCGGUCUUUCCGUGGAUUUCAUGGCCGCCCCUCUUUAUGAGUCUGCAUUGGCGGCGACGGUGGAUCGAUGUGAUCCUGAUUCCAUCUGUCCAUCGUCUUCUAUUCACUCAUCGUAUACGUAUGCCAUCUAUAGUAGUUAUGGUGGUGCUAAGCUGCGAUUGCGCACUUUAGCUACGAUCAUUCACCUUGGCGUAAUUCUAUACGCAAUCCUCCGAACAAUACACGACAUGCCGAAGCACAGUAGAAAAUAA